GAACUCCUUAUUACCUUCAAUUCUGCACCAUCUUUCACUCUCUUGUCAUUUGAAUCUUGUCACCAAUCAAUAUCUACAAUGUCUCCUAGCAAACUGGGCGUCUUUGCGAACUUGGCGCUGGCCGCCAGCGCCAUCCUCAUCCCAUCGACCAUGGACUUGGACGAAGGCCACGCCUUGGAAGCGUUUGCAGUUAACCCCUUGCAGCGAUCUGUUGCGCUUGAAUGCCCAGGAUGCGCUCUCGCAACCCUAGACGGCGAUUCACUCAAGUGGAAGGAGGGCGCAGGCAACACAUUCCGCCUGGACUUUGACGUCGGACCCCAGGAUGAGGCUCUCAAUCUUGACAGUGCACAAAUCUUCCCUCCUUCGGUUGGCAUGGCCUUUGCGACAUACCAUCUUACCCAAAUGGAUCCUUCUUCGGACGACGGCCUGCGUCUACGCAUUACAGGCUUUGAAUUUGACUUCAACGGCGCCGAGACCAUUUCGGAAGAGGGUACUGAGCUUCUUCCGAUGACGCUCAGGAUUACAUCAGUUGAAGACAUGCCUGUGGAUCCUCCUGUGCUACAAAUCAACAUGCUAAAGAAUACCGAGGGCCGUCUCAUGAUUGCAUCGUUUAACAAGGCUGAGCCCAGCAGGGCCGGGCCUUCGGAGCAGGAAUGCAACCAAUGGCCUAUGUACUGCAAGUGGAAGGGCAUCAUGGCCGACCGUCUCGAACAGCUCAAGCACAUGGGUAAGCCUAGGCCUGGGUGCCACAUGCGCAUGCGCCCCCACAACCCCAUGGAACAUGAGACGAUUGAGGGCAAGCCGCCACACCGCUUCCACCCCGGCAAGCCUCAUCAUGGUGAGGGCCAACACCACCAUGGACACCACCAUGGACACCACCCUGCACACCACCACCGCAUUGCCAUGUUUGUCCGUCGUGCCUUCUUCACCAUCUUCGUUCCCAUUCUCAUUGGCGUCUUUGCUGGUACCUUGACAUACCUAGUUGGCAUGGCGCUAGGAUGCCUGAUUGCCAUGACGGUUGCUAAGUUCCGUGGCCAGAGGUACCAGGCCAUUGCUUUGCGUGAGGAGGAUGUCGAGGACUUUGAAGAUGGUGAUGUUGAAGAGGGUCUGAAGACGGGAGAGCAGGAUGAGAAGGAGGAAUUUGCUGAGCUUCCAGCAUACGAUGCCCCUCCGGUCUAUGAUGAGGCUGCGGGCAAGACUGUCGACGAGACAAAGUAAAAUAGUCGGGGGGGUGGACUGGUAUCACAGAAUGGACGUGACGCAUUGAUGGCGAUGGACAGACUGCGACAGUGUUUUCAUUUGUUGAUUUAGCAGACUUGUAGAAUGGCUAGAAUGUGAGAUGAGAGUCCCUUUGUCUUGAA